CGUCUUCAUUAAUCAAUCAAAAUCAUCUCAUUUUAUUUUAGAACACCACAAAAUGUCAGGAAGAGGAAAGGGAGGCAAGGGGUUGGGAAAGGGAGGAGCCAAGCGUCACAGGAAGGUUCUGAGAGACAACAUCCAGGGGAUCACCAAGCCUGCUAUUCGUCGAUUGGCUCGGAGAGGUGGUGUUAAGCGAAUCAGUGGCUUGAUUUACGAGGAGACUCGGGGUGUUCUCAAGAUCUUUCUCGAGAAUGUCAUUCGUGAUGCGGUGACCUACACUGAGCACGCUCGGAGGAAGACUGUUACUGCGAUGGAUGUUGUGUAUGCUCUGAAGAGGCAAGGAAGGACUCUUUAUGGUUUUGGAGGUUAAUUGAGAUUGUUUUUGGUGGAUUCUAGGGUUUUGGAUUCUAUGUGUAGGUAGCAUUUUAGUAGUAUGUGUAAUUUGGAUGUGGGAUUAGGGUUUGUGUAAUUUGGAUUUAAUGAAAUGAAAGUUGAAUUGGCUCUUUA